CUUGGGUUUUUUUUUUUUUUUUGUAAAAUUAUGCAUGUUUAUAAAUUAAAAAAAUAUUAAUAAAAAUAAAAAUUAAAUAAAAGACAUUUCAUUAAAUUAAAAAAAAAAACAACCUAGAAAAAUAAAAAUUACAUUCAAACUAGAAAAAUAAAAAAUACAUUCAAACUAGAAAAAUAAAAAUUACAUUCAAACUAGAAAAAUAUAAUCGGCCAUGAGUGUCUCAUGGCCUCCCUCACGAUCUCGACGGACUACUUUUUUUUUUACUAGAUGAUGCCGUGUCUAGUAGCUCCGCUUGUUGGAUGAGAUUUUGGAAGAAAAUUAAGCUACCAUCACUUGAUGAUGCAUCUCCAUCGUCGGGAAAGUCGGGUAGGGGAGAAAGAAACGGAAACUUGGAAUCCAUUUUGUGUUGUAUUUGAAAGAUUUGUGAGUUUGAGAGUGGUGGGUGUGGUAAAAAAUUUGAUUAGGUUGGUUUAUAUUUAUAUUGUUAAAAAAAUUGAUUUUUUUUUUAAAUUUGACCGUUUGACAACGGUCCAUUUUGGAAAAUCGUGCCAAAUCAACGCGGUGACUCCACACCGCUCACCCUCACCGAUUCGGGUCCCCGCUUGGAUGGCGGCGGUGUUCCCGAUCGGUGGCUAGGGUCACCGAAGCCCUCCCCGCUGAACGCCCCGUGCACCCUAAGUGUGUGAUUUUUAGAAACUCAGAAAAACUGUUCCUAAACACCUGAAAAAGUUACUUAAUUUGGUAAUUGUCGACAUUAGCAAGGUGAUUAAGAGUUAUUUGGAAAUUAAUUAAUUUAUUAAUUUUCAGUAUUUUUUUCUUUUUAAUGCUUAUAUUCUAUGUGUAUGUUCCAAAUAAUUUUCAGUUUUUUGAGUCUUAUGAUUGUGAGGAAAUACUUUUGUUAAUUAAUGGAAUAGUUAAGAUAAAGAUAACUAUUUGCUUUGGUAAUUACAGUUCCUUUACUUGGUUAUUAUUUUUAUUGUUUGUUUAAAAUAAAUUAAAACAUAAAAUAAAGCAUUUAAUCUAAAAGAGAGUUGAUUUUUAGCACAUUAACUUGGCAUAAUUAAUCCAUGGCUUUAUAACCUAGUGGCAUCUUAGGGGUGAGAUAAGACUUUAUGACCAAUAGGUCCCGGGUUCGAUUCCCACAAGGGGGGUUUUCCCAUAUUUAUUUAUUGGGUUUCCUCCCAGCAUUAUGCCUAGUGGAGAUGGAUAUGAUCAGGGCGUUCCGCUAGUGGCACGAUAAUACUCUAGUGGUCGUCAGUGAUCCAAAUUUGCCGUUAAAAAAAAAAAAAAAAAACUUGGCAUAACUACACACCAAUAAAACUGACUGUCAUAAAUAUAACAUAACUCCCUAAGAAAGAUAAAGAUAUAAAAGUAAAAAAGAGUUUUGAUUUUGGUUGAACUAAUAUUUACUAUUACACAUAAAAUGUGCGACUGGGCAUUGUUGUUACAUGUUUGAAUCUCAAAAUGUAGCAUAAAUCUUGGUGUUUGAAUACUUCUGGUUGAACAUGUUCGAAGAAACAAGGGUGUGUGUAUAUGUUUGUUUCUUAAUAAUUUAAGUCAAACAUAAAGAGUCAUUAUUCGGAGUUUAGGUGAGAUGGAGUUAUUUAAUCUUAGCGUUGACAUUUAACUAGAAAUGUAAAUUAGUGAAAAAGAAAUUGUCUGUAAAAUAAUGCAUACAUAUAUGCCUAACUGCUUUGGUAAUUACAGUUCUUGCACUUUCUUAUUAAUUGUGUUUUAUUGUUUGUAUUAAAUUGCAGUUAAACUAUGGAUGCUAUUAUAAAUUCAAUUGUUACACCGGUUGUUGAAUCUUUGAUGGUCCCUGUUAAGAAACAUUUGGGUUUCUUAGUUUCCUCCACAAAGCAUGUUAAAGCCAUGAAGGAGGAAUUGGAUCAGUUGAAUGUCACCGAACAAGAUAUUCAAGAGAAAAAAACGACAGCUGAUGCGAACUAUCAUGUGGUAUCUCGCCUUGUGUCGCCGUGGUUUGAAGAUGUUCAAAAGAUGAAGGAGAAGGCACAAAGUAUUCCAACAGCUGGAAUUGGGUGCUUCAACGUGGCAAAGAGAUACAAAGCAGGAAAACAAUCUUGUAUCAUUGUCCAACAGACAAAAGCUCUCAAAGAACGAGCAUCUGAAAUCAGUUGGACAAAUGAACAAAAAUCACUUGCUAAGGUACCAUCCACCUCUGCACCAGUUCCUCAUGGUACCCAAACAACCACGUUUGAGUCUAGAGAUUCGGUAUUUAACGCUGCAUUGCAAUCUCUACAAUCAAAUGACGAGUCCCAAAAGAUGAUUGCUCUAUGUGGGAUGGGUGGUGUCGGCAAGACCACAAUGAUGGAACAACUAAAGAAGGCCGUGGAAGAUUCAAAAAUGUUUGACUGGGUUGUAAAGGUGGUUCUCGGGGAAAGCACUGACCCUUUUGUUCUACAGCAAGCUGUUGCAGAAUACAUUCAUCAAGAUUUAUCCGAAAAAACUAUAGUUGCAAGGGCUGAGCUUCUUCGUAAGAAAUUUGAGGGGAUGUCGCAAAAUGGGCAAAAGAAAAUUUUAGUAUUAAUGGAUGAUAUUUGGAAGGAGGUUGACCUCAAAGAUGUUGGACUAACAAGCCCUUUGCCAAAUGGGUUCAAGCUCUUGUUCACGUCACGAUUUGAACCUAUUUGCACUCGAAUGGGUGGUAGACCUAGUUCAAUAUUUAGAGUAGGGGUCUUACAUGAAGAAGAAGCAAAAACAUUGUUUUUUGAGAUUGUGCGACCAACUCCUUCGGAUGGUGAUGAUGAUGAUGAAGAACUCCAAAAGAUAGGAGAAAAUAUUGUGAAGAAAUGUGGGGGUUUGCCCAUUGCCUUAAAAACCAUUGCCAAUAGUCUUAAUGGUAACAUAAAGGAGGCAUGGAAAAAGGUACUUAAGCGUUUAGAGAAAGCUGACCUUAAAGACCUUGAAAGCAUCACGUAUAAAAUAUUUGAGAUAAGCUAUGAGAAUCUCAAGGAGGGUGAUGAUAAAGCAAUUUUUCUUCUUAGUGCCUUAUUUCCUGAUGAUUUUAACAUACGUACUGAGGACCUAUUCAGGUUAGGAUGGGGAUUGGGUUUUCUUACAGAUGGCAAGACAUUAGGAGAAGCUAGAAGCGAUAUGAAAAUUUGUGUUAACAAUCUCCUACGUGCAAACUUGUUGACUAAAAGUGAUCGCAUGGGAUGUGUCAAAAUGCAUGAUCUUGUGCGUGCUUUUGUUUUAAAUAGAAUUUCAGAAGUCAAACAAGCAUCUAUUGUCAACAUUGAUAACAUACCAGAGCAAUAUGCAAAUGAGACAUAUGAGAGAAUUCUAUUAAAGUGCACAGGUAUGACUGAAUUUCCCAGUGACUUUAAUUACCCAAAUCUCUCUUUGUUGAUGCUAAUGGAUGGGGAUGAGGUCUUUAAGUUUCCUGAAGAUAUUUACAAAAGAAUGGAAAAACUUGAGGUUUUGUCUUAUGAGGAUAUGCAUAUUCCAUUGCUUCCACAAACAUCCGAACACUCAACCAAACUUCGAACACUGUGCCUUCGUUCAUGCUCGUUCAUAAAUGAUGAUGUCUCAUUUCUUGGAAGUCUUAGUAACUUGGAAACACUGAGCUUUGUUGAUUGUGGAAUAAGAUGGUUGCCAUCCACGAUUGGGAAGUUGAGAAAACUGAAGUUGCUAGAUUUGACUGGAUGUGUUAACCUACGUAUUGAUGAUGGCGUUUUUCAAGACUUGCAUAGUCUUGAAGAACUUUAUAUGAGGAGAGCUUAUUAUGGUAGUCCUAUUAGGUUCACAGAUGGGAACUGUGACGAGCUGGAGAAACUUUCACACAGGCUUUUUGCAUUAGAGUUGGAAUUCUUUGACGGUGGGCCCCAACCCCGAAACAUGUCCUUUAAAAACCUUGAAAGGUUCAGGAUAUCUAUUGGUUGUAAAUUGGUAGAAUUGAAGGAUGCUGAAAAAUAUUCAUUCAAAAACACAAUUGUAUUAAGUGGUGACUGCCAUGAGCUUAUAGAAUGCAAAAUUAAUGUCCUAUUUGAGAAAACAGAGGAGCUCUAUUUGAAAGUGAAUGAAAUGAACAAUCUUGAAGAUGUUUCAGUGCCUUCCUCAUUUUCCAAUUUAAGAGUCCUUGAUGUUUGUAAUUGUGAAGAUUUAAAAUACCUCUUUACGGUUGAUGUGGCAAAUGGUUUGAAGGAACUUGAGCGACUCACAAUUUCGGAGUGUCAUGGUAUGAGAACACUAGUUGCUGAGAAUAGUAGAGUUGGGGUAAUUAGAUUUCGGAAAUUGAUUUUUUUGUCUUUGAGCGAUCUACCAGAAAUGGUAAGUUUGUGGGACAAUGUGAUCGAACUGCCCGAAAUGGUGCAGUUGAAACUUCAUAACCUUCCCAAUUUUACGAGCAUUUAUCCCGAGAGUCACAAUACGGCUGAAGUGCAAUCAUUAUUGAACAAAAAGGUCGUGACUUCUAAGUUGAACAAGUUAGAUAUUUCUAGCAUGGAGAACUUGAAGCAGAUAUGGCCUUGUCAAGUUUCUUCCAUUCAGAAAAAUAAUGCUUCCAUGUUGAAACUGAUUAAAGUGAAAGAAUGUUGUAACCUUAUCAACAUUUUUCCUAGCAAUCCACUUCCAUUGGUGAGUAAUUUAGAAGAGCUUGAGGUUUCCGAAUGUGGUUCAGUUGAAAUGUUAUUCAACAUGGACUUCGAAAGCUUACAUGAAGUAGGGGAAUAUGGUAGCAGCGCAUUAAGAAGGAUUAAAGUUGAUGAAUUAGGAAAGCUAAAAGAGGUAUGGAGGAUGAAAGGUGUAAACGACUCUAAUAUCCACAUCAACUGCUUCAAAGGUGUAGAAAGCAUUGAGAUAACGGAAUGUAAAAGUUUUACAAAUAUAUUCACACCUGCAACAACCAAUUUCGAUCUUGGAGCACUUACUAACUAUGUUACGGAUAAUACCGGUGAAGAGAUCAAAGGAGAGAUAUCAGAAAUGGAUGAUGAUAUUCCUAAUGUCACAUACCCAUCUUAUCUUCUACACAACUUUCAUCACCUUCAACAUCUUAAAAUAGGGAAUGAUAAAAGAGUGGAGGAGGUGGUGUUUGAGAUGGAUAGUCAACAACCACUACUACCUCCCUACCUUCAAACUAUAUGCCUACGCAAGUUGAAUAAGAUGAGUCGUGUGUGGAAAUGCAAUUGGAAUAGAUUCCUAAUUCGUCAUCAUCCACCAUUGCAAUUUCCAUUCCAAAACCUCACAGACAUUACCUUGAUUUUGUGUCCCAAAAUAAAGUACUUGUUUUCUCCGCUUAUGUCGAAAUACUUAUCCAACUUAAAGCAUGUCUGUUUAGAAUUUUGUGAUGGUAUUGAAGAAGUUAUUUCAAGAAGGGAUGAUGAAAAUGAAGAAAAUACCAUAUACACGUCUUCCCAUCAAAACACCACAUUAUUUCCCUGUUUGGACACUCUUAAGCUUAACUGGUUGCCACAUCUAAAGUGUGUUGAUGAUGGUGGUAAGAGGGGUAAUAUUUCCUCCAAUGCCUUUCAUGACCAAUCCCAGAGUGCUCAAGUAACCAGCUCUUAUUGGUCGUUGUGCCAAUACCCCACAAAGAUAUUCAUAGCAGAUUGUGAUGCAUUGUCAAGUCUAAUUCCAUGGUAUGCAGCAGGACAAAUGAAUAGGCUUCAAGAGCUGGUAAUUGAUGGAUGCGAAAGGUUAAUGGAUGUAUUUGAAAGUGAAUCGAGUGCAAACAAUGUUGAGGAUGGAAGUGCGCAUGGUGGUGCUGGUAUUACAUUAAUAAGACCAACACUAAGAAACACUAUUAUUGUAGCUGCCCCUCAACUCUCCAACUUAAAAACUGUGUGUAUUGAUGAGUGUGACCUUCUGCCAUAUAUAUUCACAUUCAACACUCUUGAAAGCCUUAAGCAACUCAAAGAGUUAAGAGUAACAGAUUGCAAGGCAAUACAAGUGAUAGUGAAAGAAGACAAUACUGGAAAGUCAUCAAAAGGUGUGGUGUUUCCUCGUCUAGAGACACUUAAACUUACGGGUCUACCAAACCUCAAGGGUUUCUUCUUGGGGAUGAAUGACUUUCGAUGGCCCUCAUUGGAUAAUGUAGUGAUCGAUGAAUGCCCUCAACUGAUGAUGCUUACGUCAGGUCAGUCAACAACUCCAAAGCUCAAGUACAUACGCACAUGGUUUGGCAAAUGCAGUCUUGAACGUGAUCUUCAUGGAGUGGUCAAUCAGAACACAUUCCCCAAUUCUUCUUCAGAGCUUACUAUUUCAGAAGGGAUCCUUUGCUCUAUUCAUAAUUUGAUAGAAAUUAAUAUAGAGUACAAAGAUCUUGGAACGACUAUUGUUCCUUCUAAUGCACUGCUACAGUUGGAAAAGCUUCAGCAGAUUACUAUGAAUACAUGUCAUGGGCUAGAAGAGGUAUUUGAAGUAGUAGCAGUGGAAGGGAGUGGUUCCAGUGAAUCGAAAACUGUUGUCCCAAUUCCAAACCUAACACACGUGAAGUUAGAUACUGUAUAUGAACUAAAGUAUUUAUGGAAGAGCAACCACUGGAUGGUACUGGAGUUUCCAAACCUAACAACUCUUUCUAUUGGAAGUUGCCAUGAACUGGAACAUGUUUUUACAUGUUCCAUGGUUGGUAGUCUAGUGCAACUCAAAGAACUAAGUAUAAGAUUUUGCCUCAAAAUAAAGGUAAUUGUGAAGGACGAAGAAGAAGAAGAAUGUGAUGCCAAAGUGAAUGAGAUUAUCUUACCUCGUCUAAACUCCUUAAAACUACAACAUCUUGAGAGUCUCAAGGGAUUUUGCUUAGGGAAGAGGGCUUUUUUAUUCCCAAGGUUGGAGACUUUACAGAUCAAUAAAUGCCCAGCAAUUACAGUUUUCACUAAGGGACACGUGUCUACCCCUCAGCUAAAAGUAACAGAUACAACAUUUUGGAUGUGGAAUGUGAAGCCGGACCUCAACUCCUUUAUAAAGACUAAACAAGGAGAGGGGUAUAAAUUCUAGAACGUGAAGGUAGGUCAUGCGUUUUAUCUGCAAGGUUUAUGAGGUGGAGGUUGCCGAGUUUACAGGCAACGUGGGAGGGUAAAAAUAAAGGAGCCGUCAACUGCAGUAAAGAUUUCAAACAUUCAACUGUCAAGAAACCUCCCCUUCUAAAAGGUUUUUUGUAUUUAAAUGGUUGAGAUUUGAUAGGGCUUGAGGAUUUGAGAAAGAAUCUAAGAGAGAAAGAAAGUUCCAAUCAACAAGCUGACCUCUUGUCAUCAGCUCAACUACCUUUAUUAACGGCUACUAACUGCCAGUAACAACUUUACAAACUUUUACAAUAUGACACAUUUAGUCCCUAGACUUACAAUUAUUACAUUUCUAGCUUACAACAUAUAUCAAUACUCCCCCCCUAUUGAGAACCUUGUCCUCAAGGUAUACCCUAUUCUUAAAAAACAAAAUCAGGGAAUCUCAACAUAAAAUCAUGACGAUCUUCCCAAGUAGCCUCUAACACAGAUUGGCCUUCCCACUGAAUCAGCACUUGAGCAACACCUCUUCUUCCCUUCCUGAUUAGUCUAUGAUCCAAAACCUUUAGUGGUUUAAGAGAAAACCUUGCAGCCUUAGGUAUAGGAGUGAUAGUGGAUGGAGGACCAUGAGCAGGUUUCAACAAAGAAACAUGAAAUACAGGAUGUAGUUGUGACUCUUCUGGCAAGUCCAGCUUGUAAGCCACUUCUCCAAUCCGUUGAGUGAUCAAAUAAGGCCCAUAAUACUUUGGAGACAUUUUUGAAAAAUUGGUACCCCUUAAUGAAGUCUGCACAUAUGAUCUGAGUUUCAAGUAUACCCAAGAACCCAAAGCAAAACUCCUAUCAGUUCGAUGCUUAUUGGCUUGCUGUCUUAACCUGUUCUGGGCCAUCUGCAGAGUUGAUCUUAAGACUGUUAUAGCCUCCUCUCUUGAACACAUCUCAGAAUCAAUGCUGGCCACUGCUGUGUCUCGAUGAACAUAAGGAACAUGGAUUGGAGGGGCAUAGCCAUAUAGAGCUUGAAAAGGAGUGGUCUUGAUAGAUGUAUGGUAAUUGGUGUUGUACCACCACUCUGCCAAUGAAAGCCAAUGAUACCAUGAAUGGGAAUAGUGUAGAAUCAUACAUCUCAGGUAUGUCUCCAGGCACCUGUUGACCACUUCAGUCUGACCAUCACUUUGGGGGUGAUAGGCAGUAGACAUAGCUAAGGAAAUGCCUUGAAGUCUGGUAAAUUCCUGCCAGAACUUACUCAAAAAGAUGGAAUCCCUGUCAGAGACUAUGGUGGAUGGCCAACCAUGCAGUUUGUAAACAUUGUCAAUAAAUGCCUGGGCCACAGAAGUUGCAGAAAUUGGAUGUGUCAUUCCAAUAAAAUGGCCAUACUUGGUGAGUCUGUCUACCACAACAAAGAUGACAUUUUUCCCUUUAGAAGUAGGUAGCCCAGUGAUAAAGUCCAUACUUAUAUCAGAGAAGAUGCAAGUUGGAAUAGGCAAUGGCUGUAUGAGACCAGGAUAAGCUGUUGUCUCAUACUUGGCUUGUAAGCAAAUGUCACACCUUCUAACAUAAUCCCUCACAUUCUUGGACUGCCCUUUCCAAUAAAAUAGACCCUUGAGUCUUUGUAGAGUAGCUUGGAUCCCUGAAUGGCCCCCAACAGUUGAUUCAUGACAAUAUUGAAUUAACUCUUUUUUGACACGUUCAUCAUUUCCCACUACCAGCUUGUUCUUCCUUUUUAAAAGGCCUUCCUUCCAUCUGUAAUGACCAUUUUGCCCUUCUGUGUCAAUAUUCUGAAUAAUGUUCUGUAAAUUGAGAUCACCUUGCCAAGUUUGCUUAAUCUUCUCAAUAAACAAGGGUUCAAAGGAUGAGACUGCCAAUUCAAAUAGGGACACAGCUUGCAACCUGGAUAAUGCAUCAGCAGCUACAUUAUCAACCCCUUUCUUGUACUGGAUUUCAAAAUCAUAGUUCAUAAGUUUGACCAUCCAGGAAUGUUGCAAUGGUGUAGUUAUCUUUUGAUCCAACAAAUGCUUUAGACUUUUUUGAUCAGUCUUGAUAAUAAAAUGACCACUUAUCAAAUAGUAAUGCCAUUGCUUAAUUGCAAAUAAAAUGGCAAGUAAUUCUCUAUCAUAGACAGACCAUACUUGUUGUCUUGGACACAAAGCCUUGCUAAUAAAAGCUAAAGGGUGAUGAUCCUGCAUCAGCACAGCUCCAAUUCCUAAUGCAGAUGCAUCAGUUUCAACCACAAAAGUCUUUGAGAGAUUAGGUAGAGUCAAGACUGGUGCAGUGCAUAGAGCAGUUUUUAGCUGUUGGAAAGCAUGCUCAGCCUCCUGGGACCAUUUGAAGGCAUCCUUUUUUAGCAAGUCUGUCAGUGGUUUGGCAAUUACCCCAUAGGAUCUAAUAAACCUUCUAUAAUACCCUGAGAGGCCCAAAAAUCCCCUUAACUGCUUUACAUUAGUAGGAACAGGCCAAGACAUCACUGCUUCAAUCUUAGUAGGGUCAGUUGAUACACCCUCCUUUGUGAUGAUAUGCCCCAGGUACUCUACCUUCUGCCCCCCAAAGCUGCACUUGGACAUCUUGGCAAACAGUUGCUGAUUUCUCAUAGUCUCCAACACUUGUCUUAGAUGUUCAACAUGCUGAUCCUGAUCUUUGCUGUACACCAGAAUGUCAUCAAAGAAAACAAGCACAAACUUCCUCAACUGGGCCUUAAAUGUUUGAUUCAUCAAAGCUUGAAAGGUGGCAGGAGCAUUGGUUAGCCCAAAGGGCAUUACCAAAAACUCAAACAACCCCUGAUGUGUUCUAAAGGCUGUUUUAUGUAUAUCAGGCUCAUACAUUCUGAUUUGAUGGUAGCCAGACCUCAAAUCCAAUUUAGAAAAAAUAGUGGCUCCUCCUAACUCUUCAAGCAAUUCAUCAAUAAGGGGUAUAGGGAAUCUGUUCUUGAUGGUUGCCUCAUUGAGCUGUCUGUAAUCAAUACAUAGCCUCCAUGACCCAUCCUUCUUCUUCACUAACACCACAGGUGCUGCAAAGGAGCUUUGACUACUCCUGAUUACCCCUGAAUCCAACAUUUCUUGUGUCAUCUUCUCUAUCACAUCCUUUUGCAGGGCUUGAUAUCUAUAAGACCUUAAGUUCACAGGUUUGUCCCCAUUAUUAAGAGUUAUUUUGUGAUCAAAAGACCUCUUUGGAGGUAAUGCAGUUGGAACAUCAAAAACAUCUUUAUAUUCCUCCAAUAAUGACUGCAAUUUAACACAAGUGAUGGUGUUAGUGACCUUGGACCCAAAUGGAUCAGUCUGCACAUCAUUCUUCAAUUGCAGCCCAAAUAUGUGUGACUGAAUUGCCCCUGCUCCUCCAUUAAGCAAAUUACUCAUUGUUUCAGUAGAACACAACUUGAUUCCAUUUGUUUCAGUUCCUUUCAAUGUGUACACCUUAUCUUGGACCUUGAAUUGCAUGGUCAUCUCAGCAAAGUUCCAUACAAUAUCUCCCAAUUUAGACAGCCAUUCUAUACCCAGCACCAUGUCAUAGCUGUCUAAUGGAAUCACCAGCAUAUCAGCUUGAAACCACAUACCCUGCAUCUUCCAUUUGAACCCCACACACCUCUGGCCACAUUCCAAUUGGUUACCAUUGGCUACAGUAACCUUCAUAGAUGAAACUGAUUGUACCCCACACUGCAGCUUCUUUACCAGUUUCAAACUAAUAAAGUUGUGGGUUGACCCUGAGUCCACCAGUAUGUACAAUCUUCUAGUUCCCAUAUAGCCUUCAAUUUUCAUAGUGGAAUAAGAGGGUACCCCUGUGAUGGCAUGAAUAGAGAUUUGAGGUUCCUCAGAUCCAAUGACUACUUCCUCCUCAUCUAAAUGAUCAUUUUCUUCAUAUACUAGUUCAAUGUUGAAUAGUUUUUUAUUUCUGCAAUCAUGAGUGGGUGUGAACUUCUCAUUGCACCAGAAACACUCUCCCUUCUCCCUUUUCUCAGCCAUUUCUUUAGUUGUAAGGCGUCUUGUGGUUUUUGCUGGUUGUGAAUUAAGUGGUUUAGGUAAUAGUGGUAAAGAGUUGGCAUUAGUUGGUGGCUUGAAAGUAUUGGUGGUAGGUUUGGUGUAAGAAGAAGUGUUGGUUUGGUUAUUAAAUUUCUUGUAGGAGGUGUGACCAAACAAGGUGUUAUGUAUGUUCUCCUGCUGUUUUGCAACAGCAUAGGCUUCCCUUAAGGUUCUUGGUUUAAAGGCUUUAACCAAGCACCUUAUUUCCAUUUUCAACCCACCCACAAAGAGGCUAACAGCCUGAUCCACUGACAGACUUGUUUUAUUAAGAAGAGCAUCAAAAGCAUCACAGUAAUCUUGAAUGCUACCUGUCUGCUGCAAAUUCUUCAAUUCUUCUAAAGCAUCUUCAAACAGGUUGACAGAGAAUCUUGCCUCAGCAGACCUUCUAUAUUCAUCCCAACUAAUAGUAUCAAUAGUUAGGUUAUUGCUCCUCAUAUACCCCUGGUGCCAUUGUAAGGCCUUUCCUUCCAAAUUCACCACUGCAUAUCUCAACUUCAUGUUUUCAGGGGUAUGAUCAAUUUCAAAGAAGUGAUUACUCUUAUAAAUCCAGCCUUCAACAUCAUCACCAUUGAACUUAGGGAAGUCCAACUUCCCUAAUCUUGAUAACCUUUGAUCUUGAGGGCCUGUAUUAGCAAUUAUUCCCCUAUUGGCCUCCAAACUUGUGAUUUUGUCUAAAACUGAUUGUAGUUGCAACUGUAUCUGCAUGACUGCAGCCUUAUUUUCCUCUGUACUGGUAGCCACCGUCUGCAUGCUCUCAUUCAUCAAUUGGGAAUUUGCUUGAAGAUCUUGCACAAUAAUCUCCAUUUUCCCAACCGCCAUUUGAUUAUCUUUCAACUGUUUCUCCAUUUCUUGUUGUCGAGUAUUCGCCAUUAGCCAAGUAUUACAGGAAUUUGAAACCGGAACAAUCGAUUUCGUUGAAUUGGAAUUGAAGCGGACCCAAAUGAAGGUGAACCAAUCGACACAAUGAUCGAUUCACAGGAACGAAUUGAACGGAUUGUGAUGAGUCAGGUCACCGGAGCUUGAUCGGAACAAGCUCUGAUACCAAUGAUAGGGCUUGAGGAUUUGAGAAAGAAUCUAAGAGAGAAAGAAAGUUCCAAUCAACAAGCUGACCUCUUGUCAUCAGCUCAACUACCUUUAUUAACGGCUACUAACUGCCAGUAACAACUUUACAAACUUUUACAAUAUGACACAUUUAGUCCCUAGACUUACAA